AUGGCAGCGACGGCGCUGGAGGGAUAUGAGGAAGGCGCGGCCGCGUCAUUCAGAGGUGCUGCCUGCCUCCCUCUCGCCCUCCACCCUCCCCCGCUAAGACACAUAUUCCUCUCUCGCCGUCCUCCAACUCCCCAUCACGGGUCCAAAAGCGUGGGGUGCAGCAUUGCAGGCUUUCCAGCGGUCCUCCUCCAUCUCGCCCUCACAAGCGCUACACGCCCUCUCAUUGGCCAUGCUUGGAUACGCGCAGCACAGUCAUACAUCAUCAUCCGCCAUCAUCGUGCCCCUGGACCCCGGCCGCUGCGACCCGCGAAUGGGGAACUACGAGAUGGCGGCGCCGCCUAUCGUCCGCCAUCCCGUCGCCGUUACACCGAUUUCGCAUUCCUUCUUCCUUUCUUUCCGUCCGGUCGACUUCGCGACGAUCAACGGCAACCCCGUCGCCGCUUGGGGACGGGGAUUCUUGGAAGACAGUCAAUUAUCGCGGUGCGACAUAUUUGUCAAGAUCGCGAUCAGGGACACCAGCGGGCCUUUGCGCGCUGUUGGACAGGAUGGAACGCGAGGCCUGCCUUGCCAUCGCAUGGCGGAGCAGCAGAGGACUCAGAGCCUGAGAGGGCUCCAGCUCGCAAGCCAUCGUGUCGAGCCCGACGACCGGAAAGACGACCGACCGUUGUGCCUACGUGCUGGGAGCGGAGCCGGGGACCAGUAGCAUCGCAUGUGAGCGCUCAGCGAUUGUGCUGCACUCUGCACGAUGUUCCUGAGUGGAUCUCAAUGCCCGCCAAUUCCAGCCGGCACCGUUCGAGCGGAGCAGCUUCAGCUGGACAGCGGGCGCCGGCACGCCAGUGCGCAGUUCAAGCUCUUCGGCGCGUGUUCCGGAUCGGAAAGGCUGCCGCUGCCACAAACACGAGCUUUCCGCAGACCCCAGUACUAUUUUCUACGCUCCCGUGUUUGCGCAGUCCGAUUCACCAUGCGCUGCCUUGAGCCUGCUGAACCACAACGCCUGGAACUCUGAGUAUUGCCCUUCACCGGACGCCAGGCAAAUCGGCCACGGCCUUCAUGUGAGAAGAAGGCAAAGCGAAGUAUACGAGUGCAAUUGGUGGUGUCCGAAAAUAAUAUUCUCGAUACUCACUACUCGAG